GGCGGGCGGGGGAGGGCGAGCAGCAGCGGAGGGGAGGGGAAAGCGGCUCAUCAUGUUUAGGGGCGAGGGGAGUCCCUCUGCCCGGGAACCCGGUGUGCGGCCCCGGCUGCGGCGGUCUCCGCCUCUGGGAAGGUAGGACUCGGCCGCAGCGGCUCCCAGAGAAGCCUUAGCGAGCCCCUUCGCCUCCCCGCCCCGCUUCGCCCCGCGCCACCGCCGGCGCUUUCGGGCAGGAGCGGAGGGGGGCUGAGGAGCCGGUUGGAUUUUCCCCAUCUUACAGCACCUCGCAGGUCUCUUCUCUGAGCAGUACGUUGCCUGAGUGAGUGGAAACAUACAGAUCAGCUGCAGGUUUCUGUCUACAGAAACAGAGUGAAAGAGAAAGAAAAGGGUUGGGAAAGCAGAGACAAAUACUGACCUGGACUUAUAGAAAGACAACCAAUGGCUGAAUAAAGAACCCCUGUUCAUGUUUUGGGAUAUUCUUUCAACUGGCUGGAACGAGAGCGGAUCAAAAGAAUGGGAAAUGCCAGCAGACCCUUUAGAAGAAUUGCUUAUUUCUUAUGCCUUUUAUCUGUGCUUUUGCUGACUGAAGGGAAGAAACCAGUGAAGCCAAAAUGUCCUGCCUGGUGUACUUGUACCAAAGAUAAUGCUUUAUGUGAAAAUGCCAGAUCUAUUCCUCGCAGCGUUCCGCCUGAUGUUAUCUCACUAUCCUUUGUGAGAUCUGCUUUUACUAAAAUCCCAGAAGGGAGUUUUUUGCUCACACCAUCUCUGCAGCUUCUGUUGUUUACAUCUAACACUUUUGAUGUUAUUAGUGAUGAUGCUUUCAUGGGCCUUCCUCAUCUAGAAUAUUUGUUCAUAGAGAACAACAGCAUUAAGUCAAUUUCAAGACAUACUUUCAGAGGACUGAAAUCUUUAAUUCACCUGAGUCUCGCAAAUAAUAAUCUCCAGUCGCUUCCAAAAGACAUAUUCAAAGGCUUGGAUUCUUUAACAAAUGUAGAUCUUAGGGGCAACGCAUUUAAUUGUGACUGCAAACUGAAGUGGUUAGUGGAAUGGCUGGGCAGCACCAAUGCAACCGUUGAAGACAUUUACUGUGAAGGCCCACCAGAAUAUAAGAAGCGCAAAAUCAAUAGCCUCUCUCCAAAAGAAUUUGAUUGCACUAUUACAGAAUUUGAAGUUUAUCAGUCCCUUCCAUACCAAUCUCUGUCAGUAGAUACUUUCUCAUACAUGAAUGAUAAACACGUGGUUAUUGCUCAGCCUUUUACUGGAAAAUGCAUCUUUCUUGAAUGGGACCAUGUAGAAGUGAUGUUCAGGAAUUACGACAACAUCACAGGUACUUCAACUGUUGUGUGUAAACCUAUAGUUAUUGAGAGUCAGCUGUAUGUCAUUGUCGCACAGCUGUUUGGAGGCUCCCACAUAUAUAAAAGAGAUAUUUUUGCUAAUAAGUUUAUAAAAAUUCAAGAUAUUGAGAUCCUUAAAAUCCGAAAACCCAAUGACAUUGAAACUUUCAGGAUUGCUGAAGACUGGUAUUUUGUUGUUGCAGACAGUUCAAAGGCUGGUUUCACCACUGUUUACAAAUGGAACGGGAAUGGAUUUUAUUCCCAUCAGUCUCUGCACGCCUGGUACAGAGAUACUGAUGUGGAGUUUCUUGAAAUAUCCGGCAAACCACAUUUAAUUCUGUCAAGUAGUUCCCAAAGACCUGUAAUAUAUCAAUGGAACAAAGGAACAAAUGAAUUUGUUAAGCGUUUUGAUAUCCAAGAUAUGGAAGAUGCAUAUGCAGUGAAACAUUUCAAAGUGAAAGAGGAUGUGUACAUUUGCUUAACAAGAUUUAUUGGGGACUCUAAAGUAAUGAAAUGGGGUGGUUCAGCAUUUCUGGAUUUACAAAGGAUGCCAUCCCGAGGGUCAAUGGUAUUCCAACCGCUUCAGAUAGAUAAUUAUCAAUAUGCCAUUCUUGGAAGUGAUUAUUCUUUCACUCAAGUUUAUUAUUGGGAUGCUGAAAAGGCAAAAUUUGUGAAGUUUCAAGAAUUAAACAUACAGGCACCAAGAUCUUUCAUACAUGUCUCCAUCAAUAAUCGAGAUUUUCUCUUUGCUUCAAGUUUUAAGGGAACUACAUUGAUUUAUAGACAUGUCAUAGUUGACUUAAGCGCAUGACACUCAUAAUUCUGAGAUUACAUCAGACUUUCUACCAUAAGUGGACAAAAUGAACUAAAUGCAUGAUGACUCUCUUAUCUUACUUCCAAAUGAAUGCCUUUAAAAGUUGAGAUUGCUAGAACAAAGUAUUACUAGUAUCUUCAUCUUUAAUUGUCAAGUCUAGUGGUGUUGGAAGUUGCAUUUUUUAACAAAAAGAAUUCAAAUUAACUGUUCUUUGCAUCCACAAUAUGUAAAUAUGUGUGCAGCUGCAUCUGUUGCUAUAAAGAAUAUUAAAAUGUACUUUUCCAUUUAUUUAUUCACCUGUUUGAAACAACUGCCAAAUAAAAUGUUUACAUUUUGUGUCUUUCACAUUCCAAA